AUGGAUUUAGAAUGUUUAUUGUUCAGAGUCCAUAAGUCACUACUAUCUUUUUCGAAAACAAAGCCAAUAGUUAGUAUUUUAUUCAAGGCUUCAUUGAUUGGAAUAUUUUUCUACUUCAUUUAUUUCAUUGUGCUUAAUUUAAUUUAAAUAUCAAAACAUUCAUGCACGAAUGAAAUUGGUAUUUUAUUCUUCUAAAAGUAGAAUUUAUAAAAGAUAAUUAAUUCAGAAAUGAAACCAUGUUCAAAAUAAUUAUUUAGGAUUAAUAAAAGAAUAACUAAACCUUCAGAUAUACAAACUAAUCAGCUAUUUACGGUUUGCCAGAAGAUAUUCUAAUAAAGCACAAUAUAACAAUAGAGUAAUAUAUAAUUGAUAGAAAAUGCUAUGCAGAAAAUUGGUUUGAAGAUUUCAUUUUAACUAAAUCAAAUAUAGAAACACUAUUUUUAAAUGACUUAAUUCAUAAAUUAAGGGAUGUGAAUGAAUCUCAUUAUUUAUUAGAAAUAGAAAAGAAUAUAGUUUCAAUCUGGGUAGAUAAAUAAGAUCUAGAGUAAGAAACAAAUCCAAUUUCUGAGAAAAUACUUAAGACUUUUGCUUUUACAAUGAAAUGCAUAAUCUAUUUAUUUUGUUAAACUUGUAUAGCUAGUUUAAUAAUAAAAAUACUUUAAUUUGGAAUACCAAUUUUAUUGAACGCAGGAUGGUAUAGAUUGUAUUAAAGAAUAUUGAUUAAUAAUAAUAAAUAGUCUCAUAUGUUAAAGAUUAGCUAUCUAUUAUUAUUUUUUGUAUUUUUAUAGGUAUAUUAAUCUAGAACACUCUUAACUUAUAUCUAUUACAAUUAAUCCACUAUUCAAUCCCAAAAGAAUUUGUUAUUGUAAAUAAAAAUAAUUAAAUUAGAUUAAUUUUAUUUAAUGAGAUAAUGAGUAAUUUCUUCUUUAGAACAAGAUCAACUCUAUUAUUUGCCCCUAAAUAUUUAGUUUCUUAUUAUAUAUUAUUUUUCAUUUACAUGGAAGGCACAAGUAUCAUAAUUCUUAAUUAUAAUUAGACUUUGCAUUUUAUUAUCAUUUCGUAAAUAUUUUAUGGCUACUGAGUUUUGCUACAGUUCUUGGUUUUUUACAUUUCUAUGAAAUACCAGCUAUAUAAGAGUGGAAUGAAGCUUCAUUUUAUACUCCAAAAAUAACUAGACCUAGAACUUUAUAUUUUCCACUAUCAUAAUUAGAAUGGAAAGUAGAUAUUCCUUAAAUAUGGACUAUGUUUUAUCCUUUACAUGGUAGAAAAUAUUUCAAUGUUGAACAUUUAGCAUUAGUUGAUGACAAUUAAGAUCUAUUAAAUAACUAUUUAUAAUAGAAUGCUGCAAAUUGA